AAUAUACAUUAGCUAAUAUUAUUUCACAAACCCUAAAUGAGUUUCUCUUCUCUCUCUUCAACUCGGGACUGAUUCAGAGGCCUUCACCGCCGCCAUUGCCUUUUCCUCUUUCUCAUCGGCGAUUGCUACCGUCGCCUUUUUUUCCCUCCAGGCGACUCUUUUCGAUCCCCGUCGGUCGACAGAGAAGACGACGACAGCGCGCAUAGAGGAGCGGAAAAAACUGUCACGGUGGCGACCCUUUUCACCGGCGACAAUACCGCCAUCAAAGCGUCGAGCGCCGUCGCCGAAGACGGUGAUCGUAGCGCAGCUAUCAGUCCUUCGGAAUCGUGAUAGGGAGGAGUGACGCAGAUCUGCUUACUGCAGUUUUAAUCAAAUUUAAUUCGGGUUCAGAAUUUCUGCAUCGACGUAGAAGAUGGGGAGAAGAGGCGGUAAGAAGUUUGGUAACACUCCAUCGGGAUCUCAAAGUUCGAUCUCGGUGAAGUCUGUGUUGAGGCACGACCACUUGAAGAAUCUGGCUUUGUCGUUUUCCGCCGGAGAUGCUCCGAUUCCGUCCAUUGCAGCUUUUUUCGGACGAAGUCUUGCCUCCGAUGGAGAGACUGCUGGGAUUGCUCCCGACCCCGAGAUGUUUUCUUGCCAAAGGUGCGAGACCAUUCUUCAGCCUGGCUUCAAUUGCACCGUGAGAAUCGAGAAAACGCCUGGUAAAAAGCAUGUUCGACGCAAGAAAUCCAAUGCCGGUUUGACACAGAACAAUGUGAUUUACAACUGCCUCUUCUGUUCUCACCGGAAUUCGAGGAGAGGAACUGCCAAAGGUCACAUGAAAGAAAUUUACCCGCCCAAACCGAAAGUCCCUCCUCCUCGUCGGAUAACCAGAAAAGACAUACCUCAAGAAAGCUGCGCUCAUAAGGAAAACGAUGCAGCAAACCCUAGCAACGCUAGUUCUUCACCCGAAAGAACAGGGAAGGAUAAGACGGAGAUUAGCGAUGUGAAUACACCACGGCCGAUGCUUACAUUGGAGAGAGGUCAGAGAAAAAGAAAACCCAAGAAUGACCCUGAAACUGUUUCGACGGCCAUGACAGGGCCAGAGAAAACUGUCGGUGGAUCGACUAAGAGUAAGAGGAGGAGAAAGACAUGGACCACCCUCAAGGAGAUUGCUGGGCAGCAGAAAAGUUCUACUGCUAUUGACUUGAAGAAGAUACCUUUUCUUUUGUGAUGAUAUAUAUACAUUGAGAUCAUACAGGGAAAAAAAUGUGUGGGUAACUUCAUUAUUUUCUUGGAAAAGGCUAAUGAUUUUGUAGAGGUUUUUAAUUUGGGGUGGAGAAUCCGGAUCCAGGUAUAAUACAUGAGAUGGGUAAUUACUUAAUAAUGUUAUCAUUAUGUUCUAA